AUGCAGCGUGGAACAGGUGAUAAGGAAAAUUUUGUGCUUGAUAACGAUGUGGAUUUGGCUAAUAUCAAAACGGAGUAUGAUACGAUUAUUGCAUUUAGUGUUACAAAAUGGGUGCAUUUAAAUUUUGGCGAUGAAGGUCUUAAACGAUUUUUCAAACGACUUUAUCGAACUUUGCUUCCAGGUGGACGAUUAAUACUUGAACCACAACCAUGGCCAAGUUAUCGACUUAAACGUCGUAUGACAAAAGAUAUUACAGACACAUAUAAUCGUAUAGAACUUAAACCAACAGAUUUUGUAUCUUAUCUGCUUUCGACUGAAGUCGGUUUCGAAUCGUGCACGACAAUUGCUACGCCUAGUCAUAUGCAUAAAGGUUUCCAACGAUCGAUGUUUUUAUUUAUUAAAUCGUCGAAUAUUCUUGAAAAUUAA